AGGGAGAAACGGACCAGUUGUUAUUUGUGUGUGCUGAAUGCAGAGUGGCCGGACGGCGGUCAAUUGUUGUGUGUUUUCGGCCCAGCGUUUUCAAUGGAUUUCUGUGCUGCUCGUGUGCCCCUUUUGUCGGCAAUUUCUUGCUCCUCUUUUCUUCUCUUGAUGUGAACAGGAUCCGACGGCCAAGGAGGAGCGGCAAAACGAAAAAUCUCGCGUCAGGAGCCAUGGAGAACAGCGGGGGCAGCAGCUUGAAAAGGCAAUUACCUUCCAAGCAAAUUCGACGAUCCAGCGGUGGCGGUGGAAGGACAGCCGAAUGCUCCCGUGGAUGGUCGGCCAAACUUUCGCUUAUGCUCUUCUUCCUGGCCUACGUCUCGUUGGGCGCCUACGUCUUCAUGCUGAUUGAGGCGUCGGCGUCGUCGUCGGCUUCCCAUCCGUUCCAUCAGCACACGCCGCCCACCGAGGAGAUCCGGACGGCCUUGAGUGGAACGGGGCUGUCGACCACGUCGGAGCCUACGGCCAUCACCACUGAUAACGGGGCUGCCGGCGAAGAUGUGACGCAAAUGAAGGAGCUGAUGACCCGUCAAGUGCUCGACAAACUGUGGGACAUUACCGAGAAUCUCAACAUUUUGUACAAGGAGAACUGGACUCGAUUGGCUGCCGGCGAGAUUUACCGUUUCCACGAGACCAUGUAUCUCUGGAUGAAGAAGGAUUGCAGCAACGAUCGGCGGAAAUCCCAGGAAAUGACGGCGGUCGGACAGGCAACAACGGCAGCUACUCCAAGAACUGCUGGAACUGCUGCUGGACACAAUCGCCAGACAACUACUGUCAAGUGGAAUUACCCAACUGCUUUCCUGUAUGCCCUCUCCGUCAUCACCACUCUGGGUUCCUGUCCAGUGAUUCCCGAAUCAAACGAAGGCAAAAUCCUGACGAUCCUUUUCGCCGCUUUCGGGAUCCCGCUGCUCCUGUUUUAUCUGACAGUCGUGGGAUCGGCCCUGUCCUCCUGCCUCAUGUGCUGCCCAUUAUUGAAUUCGCGGAAAACAGGCGGUGGCGGCGGUAGACGUCGGCGGGAGCACGGGUCCACUCACAUGUCGGCCGUGCCGGCGGUGGUGAUGACGACCCGUCACGACUCGACGUCCUUUAGCCACCAGCACCAGCCGGCCAACGAAUUGUUAUUCCACCACCACCACCAGCAGCCGAUGAAAUCGUCGGUGGUCGUCAAAGACGACGAAUCGAUCGAGGCCAGCACGUCGUCGACGUCGAGCAGCAGCGCAGACUACCGCCGACUCGUCGGCAGGAUCCGAUCCUUUUGGCCGCCCGUCUUCUGCCUCAUCCUGGUCCUCUUGUUUGUGGCUUGCGGCACUUUGCUUUUUAGUUUCCUCAUGUCUCUGCCGGCCACCGACGCCCUUUUGCUCAGCUUCAUGCUCCUGACGACAACGGGCAUCCCCGACGCCCACUCGGCCGUCUGGAGCGGACAAUCAUCCUGGCCGCUGGUCGCCGUUUCCAUUUACAUUUUCCUCGCUCUGACGUUGUGCUCCAUCUGUUUCAAUUUGAUCUACGAGUGGCUCCUGGCUCAGUGGACGUCGUCGGCCAGUCUCAAUCCGUGCGAUCCAUCAGCCGAGAGCGACAGCACGCGUCGUCGCUCAAGAUCCGGCAGCUUCCGCUCCUGA